UUGGGGAGACUCAGAGUCACACAAAAACAACAUACUUCAGCCACGAAGGCCUCAAACAUUGUAUUCUACUCUGCAGAUUCUGCUUUUUGUUGUUCUUCUUCUUAUUUUUCUUUUUUAAUUAACCAUGUCUGAAGGCUAUUACAAUUCCAAGAAGAGUGAUGACAUAUGUGGGGAUGUUUGUAGCCAGCAGGGAACUCGUGCUGCAUUGGGCAUGUCAAGGCUUCGUUGUAUUUUGCGAGGGUUGGAUUUCAAGACCUGCAUGUUUCUGUUUGUGAUUGUUCCAAUGGGAAUCUUCUGUGUGUAUUUUCAUGGGUUGAAAAUCUCGUAUUUUCUGAGACCCCUUUGGGAGUCUCCUCCAAAGUCCUUCCAUGAAAUCCCUCACUAUUAUCAUGAGAAUGUGUCGAUGGAGACUUUGUGCAGGCUUCAUGGUUGGGGAAUUCGUGAAUCACCCAGACGAGUCUUUGACGCUGUUUUGUUUAGCAAUGAAGUUGACAUCCUCACCAUUCGCUGGAAAGAAAUGUAUCCAUUUGUGACACAUUAUGUCAUCCUGGAAUCAAACUCAACUUUUACAGGAAUUCCCAAACCUUUGAUUUUCGAAAACAACAGGGACAAGUUUAGGUUUGUUGAUUCUCGGUUGACAUAUGGGGUGGUUGGAGGAAGAUUUAUGAAAGGUGAGAAUCCUUUUGUUGAAGAGGCGUACCAAAGAGUGGCCUUGGACAGGCUUCUGAGGAUAGCAGGAAUAGAAGAUGACGAUCUCUUGAUAAUGUCUGAUGUUGAUGAGAUUCCCAGUGCUCACACAAUUAACCUCUUGAGGUGGUGCAAUGAUAUCCCUUCUAUUCUUCAUCUUCAAAUGAGGAACUACUUGUACUCUUUUGAGUUCUUUCUUGACAACCAAAGUUGGAGAGCAUCGAUUCACAGAUACAGAACUGGCAAGACAUGUUAUGCGCACUAUAGGCAGGCGGAUGUGUUGCUAUCAGAUGCUGGCUGGCAUUGUAGCUUCUGUUUUCGCCGAAUAAGUGAAUUCGUGUUCAAGAUGAAAGCUUACAGCCACAAUGAUCGGGUGAGGUUCGCUCAUUACUUGAACCGUGACAGGAUUCAGGAUGUCAUAUGCAAAGGGACUGAUCUGUUUGACAUGCUCCCUGAAGAGUAUACAUUUAAGGAGAUUAUUGGGAAGAUGGGGCCUAUUCCCCAUUCUUAUUCAGCAGUUCAUCUUCCAUCAUAUCUGUUGAAUAAUGCAGAGAAGUACAAGUUCUUGUUGCCUGGUAACUGCAGAAGAGAAAGUGGCUGAACAUAUGUCAGAAAACAAAAUCUGCUGAUAUUUGUGUGAUGUGUAUAACACCAAAAGUUGCAGUGUUGAAUGACUCAACUUUUGUGUGUUCAUUAUACAAGGCACUUUUAUGCCAAGCAAAUGCAGGCCUUUCUUUGGAGGGGCAUUUGGAAAAACCUGUUGGGGUCUUAGAAUUUGAGAUAGAAAUUCUCAAGUGAGGAGGUUGUUGUGAGGGAAAUAGUGUUACAUCUUCUGGCAAGCUUUUGUAGCUUAUCUUAGGAUAUGUGUAAACCCCAUUUGUUUAAUAUAGUAGAAAGACAUUCCCAAUCUUUUCUGAUGGGAAUUUUGAAUUUCUUA